UAGGUUGAGACGGCAGAGCUUUUCCACGUCAGUGUGUUUACCAAGACCAGAUUGACAGCUGCAGGAAGGUGUUCACUUUAGUCACUUAUGGAGCAUUUUUUUGAAGAGUGAAUGAAUAAGUAGAGUUUGGAAAUAUUACGUUAUCACGCAGUGGAAUGUCCGAAACUUUUAAAUUGUCCUGUUCUUGUAGUGAACUGAACUUUGGUCUUCUUCAUUCACUGUUGGCCGGCUAGCCUGCUAGCUAGCUAGUUUGCCGAGCUAGGCUACCAUUAGCUACAGCAGGACUCCAUCUUUGAAAUAGCAGCAUCAUACAGAAAAGCAGCAUGGUGGACAAGAAUAUCUACAUCGUCCAGGGUGAAAUUAGUACUGUUGUUGGAGCUAUCAAGAGGAACUCCAGAUGGAAUACCCACACUCCACUGGAUGAAGAACAGGACCCAUUACUUAACAGCUUUGGCCACCUCAAGGAAAUACUCAACAACAUAAAAGAUCUGUCAGAUGUUGAACCCAACGUUUUUCUGAGGCCCUUCCUAGAAGUUGUCCGCUCUGAGGACACCACUGGACCAAUCACCGGCAUUGCCCUCACUUCUGUCAACAAGUUCCUUUCCUAUGGCCUCAUAGAUGCCAACCAUGAAUCCGCAGCAGAAGCCAUUGAGAACAUGGCUGACGCUGUCACACACGCUAGAUUUGUGGGAACAGACCCUGCCAGCGAUGAAGUGGUCCUCAUGAAAAUUCUGCAGGUCCUUAGGACUCUGCUGCUGACCCCAGUCGGAGCCCACCUGACCAAUGAGUCCGUCUGUGAGAUCAUGCAGUCCUGCUUCAGGAUCUGCUUUGAGAUGCGUCUAAGUGAGCUCCUCAGGAAAUCAGCUGAACACACACUGGUUGACAUGGUGCAGCUUUUGUUCUCUAGACUACCACAGUUCAAAGAGGAGGCCAAGAGUUAUGUGGCUGCCAACAUGAAAAAGGCUUACAAUAUCUUGUGGAAAAACAAACGAGUGCAGUUGAAGAUGCGUGCUGGUGGGAUUACGGAGUCAUCCAAAUGGAAGAAGCAGAAACGCUCACCGAGGCAGUCCCGCCACAUGGUGCGAAGUCCCUCCGGUCAGAUGGACUCGACACAGUCCAGCACCCUCAGCAACAACAACAUUUUAGGUGGCGUCCCGUUCAUUGAGCAAGGCUUGUCCACCUCUGGCCUACCAGCUUCAGACAGUACUGGUUCGUCAAUUUCCAGCCCUACAACCACAGACAGUGGCCUCGACACCUGUUCCAAAGCCGCUUCCAGGGAAGACCUCUCUGACCUGGAACAAUGUUACUCAACGCCAACCACCCCUGGCACAGCUGCUUCGCUACCAGGGACUGAGCCCGGCUCGCCAGAUUCACAGUCUGAGGGCAGGCAGGUAGAAACAGCUCAGUCGGCCUCGGUGGAGUCAAUCCCUGAGGUUCUGGAAGACAGAGACGCCAAUACAGAGCAGUCAGACAGCCCCUCUAUCCAUGACAUAGACUAUGUUAACCCCAGAGGAGUACGUUUCACACAGUCCUCACAACGAGACGGAGCGUCCCUCAUCCCUUAUGGUCUGCCAUGUCUAAGGGAGCUCUUUCGCUUCCUGAUCUCACUGACUAACCCCCAUGACCGCCACAACACUGACGCCAUGAUGCACAUGGGCCUGCAGCUGCUGACUGUAGCACUCGAGUCGGCACACAUUACUAACUACCAGUCUUUACUCGGACUGGUCAAAGAUGAGCUCUGCAGACAUCUCUUCCAGUUGCUGAGCGUGGACCGUAUGAACCUCUAUGCUUCCUCCAUACGGGUUUGCUUCUUGCUUUUUGAAAGCAUGAGAGUACAUCUUAAGUUUCAGCUUGAGAUGUACCUAAAGAAACUGAUGGACAUCAUCACUUCGGAGAACAUUAAGAUGCCUUAUGAGAUGAAGGAGAUGGCUCUGGAGGCACUGGUCCAGCUGUGGAGGAUUCCCAGCUUUGUCACUGAGCUGUACAUCAAUUUUGACUGCGACUACUACUUCUCCAAUCUGUUUGAGGACCUCACCAAGCUGCUGUCCAAGAAUGCGUUCCCAGUGUCGGGGCAGCUGUACACCACCCACCUCUUGUCACUGGAGGCUCUGCUCACAGUGAUUGACAGCACUGAAGCCCACUGCCAGACCAAGGUGCUCAACAGCUCUGCUCAACAAGACCAGUCAGAUACCCUGCUGGCAGAGGGAGAAGGUUCAACCCUAAACUCAACAGACACUACCCCUGACCUCAAUAGGCUGGCCAGUAUGAAUGGUGUAAGUCUUCCACAAGCUGAGAAUGCACCAGCAUGCCCACCAACCAGUGGUCAUCUGAUGGCAGAGAAGAUGAUUCUGGGUAGGCAGGAUCAAGGGGACAAUGAAACUGCUGAGAAGAGAGCCCUGAAAAAGCCUCAACGUUUCUCCUCAUGUUUACCUGAUUCUCAAGAGUUGAUUGACAUCAGAACGAAGAAAAAGCUGCUGAUCACAGGCACAGAGCAGUUUAACCAGAAGCCCAGGAAGGGCAUCCAGUUUCUGCAGGAGAAAGGCCUCCUCAGUAACCCCAUAGACAACAACCAGGUGGCCCAGUGGCUCCGAGAAAACCCCCGACUGGACAAAAAGAUGAUCGGAGAGUACAUCAGUGAUCGCAAGAACAUGGAGCUCCUGGACAGCUUUGUAAACACGUUCACCUUCCAGGGGCUUCGUAUUGAUGAGGCCCUGCGGCUCUACCUGGAGGCCUUCAGACUGCCUGGAGAGGCUCCGGUCAUCCAGAGACUCCUCGAAACAUUCACCGACAACUGGCAUAAAGUGAACGGCUCUCCUUUCAUGACCAACGAUGCCGGCUUUGCCUUAGCCUACGCUGUCAUAAUGCUCAACACUGACCAGCAUAACCACAAUGUCCGCAAGCAGAAUAUCCCCAUGACUAUAGAGCAAUUCAAGAAAAAUCUGAAGGGGGUAAAUGGAAACAAAGACUUUGACCAGGACAUGUUGGAGGAUAUCUACAAUGCUAUCAAGAACGAGGAGAUUGUGAUGCCAGAUGAGCAGACAGGGUUAGUGAAGGACAACUAUGUAUGGAGUGUGUUGCUCCACCGCGGCGCCACACCUGAAGGGGUGUUCCUCCACCUGCCAGCCGGCAGCUAUGACCAUGACCUGUUCACCAUGACGUGGGGCCCAACCAUCGCUGCCCUCUCCUACGUCUUUGACAAGAGCCUGGACGACAACAUCAUCCAAAAGGCCAUCACUGGCUUCAGGAAAUGCGCAAUGAUAGCAGCUCACUAUGGCUUCAGUGACGUUUUCGACAAUUUGAUCAUCUCCCUCUGCAAGUUCACCACCCUGAGCAGUGAGUCUGUGGAAAACCUUCCCACAGUGUUUGGCAGCAAUAAUAAGGCACAGACAGCAGCCAAGACGGUGUUUGACCUCGCCCAUCGGCACGGCAACAUCUUGAGGGAGGGCUGGAAGAACAUCAUGGACUCCAUGCUGCAGCUGUUCAGAGCCGAGCUGCUGCCCAAAGCCAUGGUGGAGGUGGAGGAUUUCGUGGAGCCAAAUGGGAAGAUUUCUCUUCAAAGAGAGGAAACGCCGUCCAAUCGGGGAGAGUCGGCGGUGUUGAGUUUUGUCAACUGGUUGACGUUAAGUGGCGCAGAGCAGUCAGGACUCAGAGGACCCUCCACGGAAAACCAAGAGGCCAAGCAGGCCGCCAUCCUCUGCAUAAAGCAAUGUGACCCUGAGAAGCUGAUCACAGAGAGUAAAUUUUUACAGCUGGAGUCUCUGCAGGAGCUAAUGAAGGCUCUGAUAUCAGUCACCCCAGAUGAAGAGACGUAUGAUGAAGAGGAUGCUGCCUUCUGCUUGGAGAUGUUGCUGCGGAUCAUUUUGGAGAACCGAGACCGUGUGUCAUGUGUGUGGCAGACAGUGCGAGACCAUCUCUGCCAUCUUUGUGUCCACCCCAACGAGAGCUGCUUCCUGGUGGAAAGGGCUGUGGUGGGACUCCUUCGUCUCGCAAUCCGCCUGCUACGACGAGAAGACGUUAGCUCUCAGGUUCUCCUCUCGCUGCGUCUCCUCCUGAUGAUGAAGCCCCCCGUCCUAGCCCGGGUCAGCAGGGAGGUGGCCUAUGGCCUCCAUGAGCUGCUGAAGACCAACGCUGCUAACAUCCACUGUACAAACGACUGGUUCACGCUCUUCUCCCUGCUGGAGUGCAUCGGAGCGGGGGUCAAACCUCCUGCCUCCUUUCAGCUCACCUCCAGCACACCAGACAGCGACACAGGAGCCCAGUCAGACAGCGAGCUGCCAUCUCCUCAUCUUAGUGAAGUGAGUUUAGAGCGUGGCUACACGUCUGACUCCGGGGUCUACACUGAGCACAGCAAGACCAGGAUCCCUCGCUCAGCAACAGAUGUGGACGUAGCAAGCAGUGGAUGGCUAGUGGUUGGGAAAGAUGACCUGGAGAUCAGUAAGACCCAUCUUGUCAACUCUAAAGCUCAAUUGAAUCACCCGCUUGUCAACCAGUACAGUCUGACGCUGGGCCAGGACUUGGGCCAGCACGACACCAAGUCUCUCAUCAAGUGUGUGGAAACGCUGUCGUUCAUCGUCCGCGACGCUGCCCACGUCACCCCGGACAACUUUGAGCUGUGUGUUCGAGCUAUACGAGUGUUUGUGGAGGCCAGCCUCAACGGAGGUUACCGCAACCACGAUAAGAAGAAGAGCCACAAGUAUGACAAGUCCCGGAUGAGAAAGAAGGCCGGGGGAAGGGACAAGGAGGGGGGAGGUGGUCCGAGGCGAGGUGGCAGCAGGGCGUCCAGCCAGCGUCCGUCACGUUCCCACAGCGACGAGGAGGAGGACGAGGGUGUCCCGGCUAGCUACCACACGGUGUCAUUACAGCUGUUAGACCUGAUGCACACUCUGCACACGCGGGCUGCCAGCAUCUACAGCUCCUGGGCAGAGGAGCAGCGCCACCGGGAGGCUGCAGGAAGGAAGAUCGAGGCCGAUUCCCAGACUCUGUGGACCAGCUGCUGGUGCCCGCUGCUGCAAGGCAUUGCUUGGCUGUGCUGUGAUGCCAGGCGACAGGUUCGGAUGCAGGCCCUCACCUACCUCCAGAGGGCGCUGCUGGUCCAUGAUCUGCAGACACUCGAUGCAACUGAGUGGGAGUCCUGCUUCAAUAAGGUGCUUUUCCCCCUGCUGACUAAGCUGCUUGACAACAUCAGCCCAGCUGAUGUGGGCGGUAUGGAGGAGACCAGGAUGAGAGCCUGCACACUCCUGUCCAAGGUUUUCCUGCAACACCUCUCUCCACUGCUGUCCCUGCCAACCUUUGCUGCCCUCUGGCUCACCAUUCUGGAUUUCAUGGACAAGUACAUGCACGCAGGAUCCAGUGACUUACUGUUGGAGGCCAUCCCUGAGUCUCUGAAGAACAUGCUGCUGGUGAUGGACACAGCCGGGAUCUUCCACAGCGCCGACUCCAGGACAGGGUACUCAGACCUGUGGGAAAUCACCUGGGAACGAAUCGACUGCUUCCUGCCUCACCUGAGGGAGGAGCUCUUCAAACAGACUGUCAUACCAGAUCCAGUACCCAGUCCUGCAGCAGAACCCGUGCAGCCGGCACCCUCAGCAGGCCCGCCUUCAUCCCCUCAAGUGUCUCCACCACUUGUCCAGCCGCCCUCCCCGGUCCCAGCCCCCCCUGCGGAGACACAGACCCCCAGCAGGCCAGCAUCCCCCCAGGAGCCCCAACCAGCCAGUGCCAACGGGUCAGACCGCUCCUCUCCAGUCCCCACCUCGAUCCCCCCCUUGCCCACGAAGGACACAAACGACGGGAAAUCAAGGCCUAAAUGA